AUGCCGAGAUCUGGGGAAUACAAUCUUGCUUACAAAGUUAACCCGGUUGUCAUUUUCAGUGGAACUGGAAGAUCCUCCGUGUGCUUGUGCCCAAAAAUAGAGAACUUCGGGCAGCCGCGAGAGAAAGGCAAAGCGCCUGGAGCCUCCAUGCUGUUUCCCAAGAAAGCAAACAGAACCAGCAGCAUUCUCAGCAAAGAUCACCCCCCGGACAAGAAACCGAAAAGUGACAAAUCAUCACUUCCCUCCAAUGAGUUUGACCCGACAGAAGCUCUGGUGGUGCAGAAGAGUGGCAGCGGCAGUCUGCUAGCAGAGGGGAAUCCUGAGUCCUGUGGUCUGGUCCAGCGAUGUGUCAUCAUCCAGAAAGACGAAAAUGGCUUUGGGCUCACAGUCAGUGGUGACAAUCCGGUGUUUGUGCAGCUCGUCAAAGAAGAUGGUGCUGCAAUGCGGGCUGGGGUUCAGACAGGAGACAGGAUCAUCAAGGUUAAUGGAACCCUGGUUACACAUUCAAACCACAUAGAAGUGGUAAAGCUUAUCAAAUCGGGCUCUUAUGUGGCCCUCACAGUACUGGGUCGCCCGCCAGGGCUUGCACAGAUCCCCCUGUCUGAAGCAGAGUCUGAAAUGUUGGGUGUUUGCAUAUCCUCUCCUAACUCGCCUGCAGCAGAACGCCCAUACAGUCAUGACCGGCUUUCCUCCACACCUCAAUGGGCAAUGAAGGAGGAUGGCAGAACCCCUUCCCCCAAACUACUGAAAGAUAACCAAGAAGCUAAAAAACACAUUCCACAGCUGCAGGGUCAGCUUUUCAAGGCCACCGGCGCAACACAGGAGGCUGCUCCAGGUGGAGAUCCAGAUGAUAGUAGCAUGUUUGAGACUGCACACACUCCUGCGGCAGGAGACCAAAGUGCUGAAUUGUCCUGGAGCGGCACACCUAUUUCUGGGUUUGGACUCAGCUCCCCAGAGAGUUUAUGCCAGAGGGGGUUGUCCUGCCCCAGCCCAAAGAGCACACCCAGGAACAGCUUCAACUCCUGCCACUCCCCAGAGACAGAGGAUGCCACUGAUCUGGACUCCCUGUCUCCCACCACUGUCAGCAGUCCCUCCUCUCGCCUCGUCUCACAGAUAAUUGGAGCUGAGGACGACUAUUUUGAUUCUGACCAUGAGCAGCACUACAUCAGUGUCCAUGCCUUUCUGUUGCAGACAAAUGGCCAGUGUAACCGUUUUGCCAGCAUUGAGCAGCUCAAGUCUCGGCCUGCCCACCUUGCAGCCUUUAUGCACCACGUCAUAUCUCAAUUUGAUCCGGCCCCGGUGCUGUGCUACCUCUAUGCUGACUUGUACAAGCAGACCAACUCCAAAGAGACCAGACGGGUGUUCAUGGACCUCCAUACCUUCUUCAUUGAUCGGGGAGCACACCUGAAAGUGGCAGUUCCGGAAUCAAUAUCUGCUGAUCUUGAUCGGCGACGGACAGAAUUGAUUCCAGAAGAAAUAAACAGACAACACGUUCAAACGCUGCAGGAUUCACUGCUCCCUGAUAUACAGAAGAACCUCGAGGAUUUCAGACAAAAGCGCAGUAUGGGUCUAACCGUUGCUGAAGUGGAGCUGGCCAGGCUGGACCAAGAACGUGUGAGAGAUCGGGUCACACUCGAACGUGAACGCUCUUACGCUGAAAAUAUAAUUACCAAGAUAGAGGAUAUCCUGGUUACCGCUCAGACGACGGAAGAAGAGAAGUGCACUACAAUGCAGUAUGUCAUUUAUACAUACAUGAAGCACCUUGGUGUGAGGGUCAAGGAACCUCGCAGUCUGGAGUCAAAACGGGUCCGGAUCAACUUCCUUCCUAAGAUUAAGAAAAGCAUUAAGACAGAAAAGGAUGGUGAAGAGAAGGUGAAGAAGCCCAGGUUUCCUAGUAUCCUCGGACCUCAGCGACGGCCGAGUCGCAUCGAAGCAGCAUCGGUCGGCAAAGCGCUUGACGGUCGGCCCAAACCUCAGAAGCAGUUGUCUCAGCCUAGCCUUGGGGCCAGCGAGCACACGGAUGGGGGUCGUUUAAGGGGCAGCCAAUCCAGUGAGGGCCCUGAGCUCACACACUCCACAUCUGUCACCACCUCAUCCCCAAACAGUACCCCCUUCAGCUCUGACGCUGGCCGAGACACAGACUCUGGUGGAACUCCAACUUCAGCCCCCACCAGGCUAAGUGACAGUCUUCAGUCUGACCCCCUCGAUGGGUUACCGUACCCCGCAUCACACUUUGACCUUUACAGCCUGGACCAACUCCAAGAGGAUGACAGAGAAACUGACAGAACCCAUGAGGGAACGCCAAAAGCCAUCAGAAGGCUCGAGGGAUUGGGUCCUGCUGACGUCCAGAGUGAGGACGACCAGGGAACAGACUCUGAGCACGACCCGCUCAACUGGCAGCAGCUUGUGGGACGGGAGGUUCUGGCGGGUCUUAGGCCUCUUGAAAUCAAGAGACAGGAAGUUAUCAAUGAGCUGUUUUACACGGAGCGUGCACAUGUGCGUAUGUUGAGAGUUUUGGAUCACGUCUUCUACCAGAAGCUUUCAAAAGAUGCCAUUCUUCCUCCUGCUGACAUCAAAAAUAUCUUCACCAACUUGGAGGAGAUUCUGCAACUACAUGUUUCAAUUCUGGAGCAAAUGGCAGCUGUUCGGAAGCGAAACGAGUCGUCUGUCAUUGAUCAGAUUGGAGAUGACUUGCUCUCCUGGUUCAGCGGCGGAGAAGAAGAGAAGAUUAAGCAGGCCGUUGGGACGUUCUGCAGUAAUCAGCCUUUUGCCCUGGAGAUCAUAAAGACCAAGCAGAAGAAAGACUCGCGCUUCAUUUCCUUCAUGCAGGAGGCGCAGAGUAACCGAUUGUGUCGGCGACUGCAGCUGAAAGACAUUAUACCCAUUGAGAUGCUGAGAUUCACCAAGUAUCCCCUGCUGCUGGACAACAUUUCCAAGUACACAGAUGAUGCGGUAGAGAAGGACAAAGUCAAGCAGGCAGCAGACUGCUGUCGAAAGAUCCUCAAUCAUGUUAACCAGGCUGUAAAGGAAUCAGAAGACAAACAGAGGCUGGAGGACUAUCAGAGAAGACUGGACCUGUCGUCCCUUAAGCAGACAGACAACCCAAUGAUCCUGGAACUAAAGAACCUAGAUCUCACGAAAAAAACUAUGGUGCAUGAAGGUCCACUGUCAUGGAAAGUGAACAAGGACAAGACCAUUGAGCUGUACACUCUCCUCUUGGAAGACAUCCUGGUUUUGCUCCAAAAACAAGACGAACGGCUCAUCCUUAAGUGUCACAGCAAGAACCUGGCAGGAACCGCCGACACCAAGCACAUUUUCAGCCCCAUUAUUAAGCUCAGUACUGUGCUUGUGCGCUCCGUAGCGACAGACAACAAGUCCUUCUUCGUUCUCUCCAUGUCUGAGAACGGUGCCCAGAUCUAUGAGCUGAUGGCAUCCACAGUCUCUGAUCAGAGAACGUGGCAGAACCUAAUCACGCAGCGAGCCGAAGCCAUGAAAGUCAAACCCCAUAGCGUGAUACCUUUACCUCAGACAGACGGGGAUAGAGACGGUGUGGAGAUCAUUACAGCUGGUGUUGCAAGGCUGAGUAAAGACCCAGACCGCACAUCCACUGGCAGCACUCAGUCCACAGAUAAGGAAAGCAGUCCGGCUGUGAGCCGUGUGACUCUAAGCCCUCUACCGGCUAGCAAUCCUUUCGAGACAGGGAAGAAUGAGAAAGAGGAGGAGGAAGAAAGUUUUGUUGACCCAGAGCUUCCAUACCAAGAUACUGAAGAUGGUGGCGCAGAUUCUUUUAAUGUGUUCCCCUCAAGAGCAGAUGAAGCAUUGAAAACAUUGGCGGCGUUAAAGCAGGUGUUGGUGACGCAGCUCAUGUCGCAGGAGGCUGCAGAGCGAACAAAGCGCUCUACGGGAGGCCGCCUACUAAGGACCACCUCCCUUAGGACACCGGUGGAGAAACGUGUGAUGGUUCACAACGGCUCAGAGAGAAACACCUCCCAAACAGAGGACCCCACCCAGGACUUGGGCUCCGGCGACACGGGUUUCUUUGAUUCCCCUGAAGAUUAUGCAGGAUUUUUAGUCCUGGAAGGAUACGGCGGGCCAGGGGAGACCAGCACCGAUGAUGACAUGUCACCCUCGGGGAAGCAGUUGAGCGCAUCACAAGGUUGUGCUGCCGACUCGGGCAUCAAUCUGAGGUUCUCUUCGGCUUCGCACGCCGGCAGCCUCUCAUCUUUUAGCAGACAAGUCCUGUCUCACCUGCGAAACCUUCAGGCUAACCUCAACCAUCUGAAGGAGGUGGAAGCUAAGUACAAUAAUCUGCGUCAGAGGCCGGAGAAAUCAACGACACACUCAGAUGGAAACCAAGACUUCCACACAGCAGGAAGGACAGCGGGCGGGCCGGCCGGCUGGCGGGCAGUUUGGGCCCCCUUCCCCGUCUAUGGCCGCGUCCCGCCACGUCCUACCCCUCGCCUGCUCACUCGCUCGCCCGCCUUCGUCAAUGAGGCUACCUGUUACUCGGAUAACUGUGGCAAUUCUACAGCUAAUACAUGCAAACGAGUGCCGACCUCCAGAGACGCCUGCAUUUAUCAGACCCAAAACCUAGGCGGGCCCUCCGUCGACAUCCACUCUUCGCUGGGGGGAUCCCUGACGGCGCCCGACCGCUUUGGUGACCCUGGAUAA